UCUUUGCGCGGUGCGCCGUGUCGUGAUUCUUCUCCUCUUUAGAGAAACCAACGGCCGACGAUGGUCCCUCGUAAUGGAGGAUCGCCACCUCCUCCAGUCUCCGCACCGCCGCUGCAGACCCCAACGAGACCAGCCCGAGUAGCCGCAGCUGCCAGCUGUGGUCCGCGAUGGUGCGUGAGGCGGGGGCGGACGGGGAGCUGCAUCAGCACAGGUGCCUGGGCGGCCUAGUCGUCGGCAGCUACUGCCACGACGUCCUCUUUCUCGACGGCGUCCCCGUCGGCGAGACCCUCGGCGGCGCCGCCGCCUUUGUCUCCAACGUCCUCGACGGCCUCACCCCAUCCCCUCCUCUCUACGUCGCCAAGGUCGGCGCCGACUUCGCCUACGCCGCCCCCCGCUUGCCCCUCCUCGCCGCCCCCUCCGCACCCACCACCCUCUUUCACGCCCACUUUCCACCCGCCUCCGCCGUCGGAAGGUACCACGGAGAUCGUGUUCUUCGGCGUCUCCGAACGUGCGACCCGAUCUACGCGUCCGACCUCCCCGACGACGCCCGGUUCGACUUCGGCCUUGCGGUCGGCGUCGCGGGGGAGAUCCUUCCAGAGACCCUCGCCCGCAUGAUCGACCUCUGCCGUGUCGUCCUCGUCGACGCCCAGGGGAUGAUCCGGUCCUUCGACCCGAUCGAUGGCACCGUCGGGCUCCUGCCGCUCAGGAGCUCCGGAUUCUUCCACCUCCUCCCGCGAAUUGGGUUCCUCAAAGCCUCCGCGGAGGAGGCGCCCUUCGUGGACGUCGAGGAGGCGCGGAAGUGGUGCUGCGUCAUCGUGACCCAUGGGAAGGACGGGUGCCGAGUCUACUGGAAGGACGGGGAGCUUCGCGUAUCCCCGUUCCUAGCAGAGGAGGUCGAUCCCACGGGCGCAGGUGAUGGUUUCUUGGGUGGGUUUGUCGCUGGGUUGAUUUGGGGGCUGGCGGUGUCGGAUGCGGCGCUCCUAGGGAACUUUUUUGGUUCGCUCACUGUUACGCAGAUUGGGGUUCCCAAAUUUGACCAGAGGAUGUUGCAGGUUACUUCUUCCUCUGCAAGCUGCUGGCUUUGAAGUGCUUAUACCGUGUAUCAUUACUUGGUGGAUUCAGAUUGAAAGUCCAGUUUUACUAAUCUUGUCUCAACGUUAAUAAUAUAUGAAGCAGAUGGUGGGUAAUCAGAUAAAUUAGAGACAAUGUAGUGUGUUUCCUUGAAGAACAAGCAUAGAAGGUGCAACGAAGGUCAUAAAUUGCUUUUGAUCAUUUUGGAUUUCAUCUUUCUCUCAGUAUUUAGACUAUAGAUGCUACCCAUCUAUCUUAUUUACGUUUAGGAUAGUUUUUGCAGUUGUUGGUUCUUGGUAGGUCCAUUGGAAUGACUUUGGUACAUAAUAUCAAAAUGGCUACCUUUUAUGGCAAGGUUGAAUCUUGAAAUGACUUUGGUACAUAACUUCUACAUGACUUCAAGAUGGACACUUUUAAAGCAUGUCCUAAUCGUUGUAUGGAGAGUUGAUUUGCACUUUGCUUGGUGAAAACUAAGCAUUCAGAAUGCACCCAAUUCAUCUCUUAAGCUGAAUAACAGAUAUUAAGAUUACUUUGUAAGUUCUGUAUCCAAACCUGUUAAAUGCUUGCAUAACAGAAAUUGAAUAAUCGUGUUUCCUAUCAAAUUUCACAAAGUGCAAGACCGGAAUGAUUUACCUUAAUGUAGAGUCUUAGAUUCUAGAUGUGAAUUUGACAAAUUUAAGGCAUAUUAUGGUGAUCAUAACAAUUUCCAAAUAUAUUAUAUGUUUACAGGAGUUGAGAAUUGCUGGGAAAAUCUGGAUUGUGAAGAUUAUAAAAGGAAUAAGUUAAUAGAUCAACCUACAGGCCACAACCAUCAGGUUGCAAUAAAUCAACCCAAACAGAGCAACUGUUUGAUCAAUCAGCUUGGUUAUCAUGUUUAAGAUUGUAAUCAUACACUGAUUGGUAAUUCAUCACUUCAUAUGUUAUUAUCAUAUGAUUUUCAUCAUUUCAAGAGCCAUUGGAUUAGUGGUCACUUUUGUUCCCUAAUUUCUUCCAUCCCAUGGCCAUUCUUGCAAAAGAAUUUGCGGUAUUAAUUGGCAUACUUUUGUGAAUGUAGAGUCCUUCCAGGUGCUGAAAUCCCUUGACUGUACAUCUUUGGCUCUAUUCAUAAGUCAUCAGUUGUGAGAGCGAUUCUUAAGUUUGAGUGAUUUUUCAUAGUGUUAAGAUCUUUACCCUAGAACAUGCCAAGUUUGCUUUAGAUAUUGUAUGGAAGGUCUAUUCUAUACUGAUGGAGUGCCACAGGACUAUAGCGGUGUCGAUGUUUAAACUUCAUAGGUUCACCUGUGAAUAAAAUUUGGUUGGGUGGUUUGAUAUCCUUAUGAAGAGGCAUUAAGAAGUCAUGUAGGGCAUACAUAUCAAAGCACUAUAAACACUAUUGUUUCUUUGCUCUCUCUCUCUCUCUCUCUCUCUCUCUCUCUCUCUCUCUCUCUCUCUCUCUCUCUCUCUCUCUCUCUCUCUCUCUGGUCUAUAAACACUAUUGUUUGAUAUCCUUGACUAUUUUCUCACUUGAAUAUCAAUUUAUGCUUUUAGGUUGGUCUGUUUAUUGUUGCUCCAAUUAUAAAUGUUGUGUGUUGUGAUAUGAAAUUAUCUUGAUCAUUCUUUUUUCUCCUUUAUUUUGUUUACUUGAAUUUGUGCUGCUUAGCUUGUUAAUUUAUGUUGCUAGAGUUGAGUUGUAUGGCUAAACCUGCAUUGUUUUUAUUCAAUCUAAUCCCCUGCUCCCUCUUAGGUUCUUCUAACCUAACCAACUAUAAAAUGUUUGAGGCUGUUGUCUCAUAGUAGAUGUCGUUUUUUAUAGUUAUCCUCCAUUUUUUUAGGCCUUUGCAUAUUGUAAGCUUUUCUUAUCUCAAAUAUAUUCUAAAUGAUAUUAGUAAAAGAUGUGGGACUUUUGAGAUGUCUUUCAGAAAUUGAGAUUUAUAUGUCACUAAUUUCAUGUUCCAGAAUUUGACAUUUUAUACUCUCUAACUGAAAAAGAAAAUGUUAGUUGGUGUUCUUCGUGAUGAUUGAAGCAACGAAUGUGUCGUUAUGGGAUAUAUAAAAGAACUAAGGUGUUCUUUUUUCAGUAUUUGUGUUAGUGAAAUGCCAAGCAUUUGUAGAUGCAGACAUUUGUUCAAGCGAUACAACACCUUGACAUAUGCAACUUUGUUUGUGAACUUAGUUAAUUUUGUUAGUCAUUCUUCGAUGAGCAAUGUUGGAUCUAGAUCUACUAGACAGAUAGUCAACAAACUUAUGUGCACCUGUUGCAGAAAAUGUUUGGUUAUAUGACCUGAUUAUGGAGUUGUUUCUUCAGAUAUUAUGGUUCCGUGUAAACCAAUUUUUUUUUACAAUCAUUUGAAGCUUGAUCUAAUAUGCUAAAUGCUCUCUCGAUUUAAAUUUCAGUAUGAAUCAGACAUCUGACUGACUUUUACUAUUUUAAGCAAAGUCAACUAGCGUUUGGUCUUCUUAUCAUUGUCAUCGUCAUUGAUUCAAGAUAAUUAUGUAUUUUUUUAGUUUUUGUUACAAAGCCUUUUUCUCAUUUGUUUUUG